AUGUACGAGUACAUUUCCAAGCAGCCCGACCUGCACACUCUCUUUGGUCGUCUUAUGGAAGGCGUCGCCGCCAGCCCAAAGAGCAGCCUUAAGCACCUGGUUGACGGGUUUGCGUGGGGGGACCUUGGGAAGGCCACGGUCGUCGACCUGGAGUUCAUCGUCCAAGACAGCGCGCAUGUCGUCAAACAAGGCGAAGUUGUCAUCCAGCAGAACAAUGAGGCCGUUUCGAAGCGCAUUCGCUUCCAAGAAUACGAUUUCUUCCAAGAGCAGCCCGUUACGAGCGCCGAUGUGUACCUCUUCCGGCAAAUCCUCCACAACUGGGACUUUUCGCACUCUGUCCAGAUCUUAAAGAGCACCGUGAAGUCUAUGAGCGAGGGCUCGCAUAUGCUUGUCAUGGACUUUGAUCUCCCUGAACCGGGCUCUGUGCCCUCGGUAAACGAGCGUGUGGGGCGCUCUCGGGACGUUGUCAUGAUGCAGUUGUUCAACUCAUUUGAGCGUGAUUUGUCUGACUGGAAACUCCUUUUCGCAGCCGUUGACCCACGGCUUAAAAUCAACGCUGUGAAUACGCCAUUUGGCAGUUUCUGUUCGGUCAUUGACUUGAUUUUGGAGGGUUGA